GCGUCUUCGUUGGCAACUUAAACGAGCAUCUACAAAUCAAGAAGGCAACGAUAUGUCAAAAAAAAACUCAAAAUUCGCAGUAGAACAUGCACGUAUUUCACAACAUUCUCAAACUAUCACCGACGCCGAACACCAGCUUACAAAUUUUGAGAAACUCGCACUCAUGGACCUACCUGGAACCCAUCGGAUCGUGCUGUCGUCACCUGGAGAUCGAAAAAAGUCGUGCGAGGUCGCUACCUCGUGGUGCACGAAAACCUUCCGCUGGCGGGGAAGAGAGAUCAACGUCCGCCAUCAUUAGACUGAGCAACAAGAAGGUUGCUUUCAAGGUGUCCACGGGAAGUUGCCAGUAUAGCACGUUGCAGCGAUUCUUUAACAAGUUGAAAUUUUGGAAGACGACCCACGCUCCCGACGCCGAGGAGCACCUCUGUGACACAUGCCGCAAGGAGGAGGACGAACCGAAGAAGGUGCUGGUCCUCAAGCAAACGCCGAGGUCGGUGGGGGAAACUUCGUCCGCAGUCGCGACCGGUAAAAGCUACCAGACGUGCAGCACAUGCGGCGGCCGGCACAUGAUACCGACGCACAAUCGCAAUUUUGAAAAUUUACAGCGGAAGCUCAAUUUGGCCAAGCUCGAGGCGAACAAGUACGGCAAGCUGGUGCCCGAUAGACCACGAGCACAGACUACCAUAGAUUUAUUAAAUCCGAACAGCUUGGAGCAGCCGAACGCGUCCAAGCAUGGCCAGAAACCUCGCGAACCGAGGAAGUUGACCGAUAAACCACGCGUCGAUCCGUUGAUUCAGAAGCUGUACAAGUCGACGGAGACAAUAAACGAAGAAGAGGUUGACAGUUUCGUCAUAUUGUCCAAGAGGCAGCUGGAGGACGAGGUGGAUCCACAGCCUUCCACGGUUGCGCCGCUAGACCGCGAAGAAAAACGCAUGAUCCUAAAGCUGACCCCCAAACUCGACUCCGUGACCCUUGACGACCUGGUGACGCCCUCCCCGCAGCCGCCCGCUCCCAAGACGCGCGUCGCGCACUUGUCUAAGUUUCCGUUCCAGUGCGACAGCUCGUGCAGCCAUCACGCCGACAUGCAAUGGCUCGGGAAGAACAACCGAAGAAAACUGCACACGAGACGCGCCCUCUGCUGGUGUUCGGACCUCUCGGACGACCGGAACGCAGAAGGGGCCAAGUAACGGAAACAACUUACGCUAGCUUCGUUACGAAUUCCAUGCUAUCCGAGUACACGUUUCGAUCGGCGAAGAGGCUCGGAGUAUUCGCUCUGAUCGUGAAGUAGUUCUCGAUCGUCUGUCUCGUCUUCUCCUGGUCGUAGAAGCAGGAGUGCAGGAAAAGGUAGAUGUACUCGUCUGAUAUGUGCGGGAGGUGGGGUUGAGUUUCCAUCCUAAAAUAAAUAAAACAGUAACGUCA